AUGGGACUCCAUUCGCCUCGGUCCCCGGACGACCCUGUCGUCCAAGUCCUGCGGCGGAACAGCCGCGACAUGUGGAUGGAAUCAAUGCUGAAGGAAGAUUCACUUCUCCAUGAUGAGAAAGGGGAGGCUGUGAGUAGAGAAGUGGUUCACAGAGGUACACACGUGUCUACCCGCCCUGCAGACUCCCGCAAAGGCAAGAAACAGGAUGGUGGUGUAGUGGAGAAAUCCAGCGCCUUAGACGACUCAGCGAAAGUAGUGAAAGGCCAAAGUAAGGAGAUGAGGUAUUUUCACUCGAGUACUGUGGAUAGUUUAUCGUCCAUUGGAGACGUUAACAUAACGAAAGCACCAAGCUUUGGGUCGUCUGCGUCGAAUCAGGACGAGGUAGUGCGCGCCUUAAGGACGUGGAGUCGAGGCCAGUGGUCGCUGAACGCGCAGGACUCCAUUGAUGCUUCCAGUCCGUCGUCACCACAAAAUCCACCAAUAAGUCCGGUUCUGGACGAGGAAUGUGUCAAUGAUGUAAUCAAGGAAGAAGUGGAAAGUACCACGGGUUAUAGAGGUUCUUUGCGGCACCGGCGCUAG